CUCUACGUUUUGAUCAAACGCUUCUUGUUUAUUUUGGGGAAGAUGUGGCCGAAAAGUGACUCGAUAAGGGACAAGACUGGAGGUAACAAGACAGACAUUAUACAUCAAUUGUGGCGCACAAAAGGUGAAUGUCCUGAGGACACUAUUCCUAUCAGAAGAAGAACAAGAGAUGAUCUUUUAAGAUCAGAUUCCAUCGAAACUCAUAGAAGAAAGAACCCACCAACCAUUUUUUCAACUACUUAUCACCUCCCCGAUGAUCAAAAAGAAGUUCAUGAGCAUGCGAGUGUGCACCUGGACUAUGGUGAAUACCAUGGCAGCAAGAGCCGUAUAAGUAUAUGGAAACCAAACGUUUCAAAUACGACCGAGUUUAGUUUGGCUCAAACAUGGGUCGUCAAUGGAGAUUGGGACAAUGGUUUGAACACUUUGGAGUCUGGUUGGCAGAGCAAUUCAUAUGGAAAGAACAGCUGCUACAAUCUUGACUGUCCAGGCUUUGUUCAAGUGAAUAAAGAUAUUGCCCUUGGUGCAGCUUUCAACAGUAUCUCGACCUACAAUGGUAACCAAUAUGAUUUCCUUCUAACUAUUGAGAAGGAACAAGAUACCGGACUUUGGUGGCUUAAGUUUGACACAUAUCAAGUUGGAUACUGGCCAAGCUUUCUAGUCCCGAAGCUAGAAGACUCAGCACGGAUGAUCGCUUGGGGAGGUGAAAUUGCGCAUGAUGCUAGUGGCCAAAAGGAACACACGAGUACGCAAAUGGGGAGUGGCCAUUUCGCGGAAGAAGGGUUUAAGAAGGCGGCUUACAUCAAUAGCAUAGAGUACAUCGAUAAAGCUAAUUAUCCAAUCAAACCCUUUCCUCAAAAUCUUGAAGCUAUAGUUACUCGGCCUGAAUGUUAUAACCUCAAGGUUGGCUCUAGCCGAAGGUGGGGAACUUACAUUUUCUAUGGCGGGCCUGGACGUAACCCUCAAUGCCUAUGAAAAGUGACAUGAUUUUUCGAAAUUUCUUUAGAAAAUGUUUGGGACAACCUUUGUGAUUGAACUUAAUAGCGUUCUAAAGAUGUAAACUAUUGAAGACUAAUAAAUGGUUUUGCAUUUG